AUGUUAAGUCAAUUAGGCGCCGACUCCCUUAUUAAGGGGCGGAUAUAUGCGGAUAUAAGUGCUUCGGGGCGCGUUGGGUCGGAAACUAAAAUCGUGGCGCGGUUUGCGCCCCUGAUUUUGAUCACUUGGAGUUCAGCAAACGGCAGUGAAGGUACGAGGUCGUUUACGAAUUUGCUAAAACAUCGCAACUUUAGAGGAUUGUCGAAGAAUAUGGACGAUAAAUCAUGCUUAUUGAGGAGUUGGAAAUGA